AUGGCGAGCCACCAACCGCAAGCCGGCCAAUGCUUCGCCGCUGGAAACGGGUCACUUGAACUCGCCGAACAAGACGGAUAUGACCUCUCACUCCUGGCGGCUGCAGCGCCCCUGGGUCACACAGACCAUGACAAUGACUUGGCUCCCCAACAUGGACAAACGGAGGAGCCGUACGACCUGACGUCCAUGAUCGGGCCAUUUAGCUCCCAAGGCGAUGCUUUCCUCCGAAAUCUACAGCAGCAAGAAGCAAACGGCCAGCUAACUCGUGGCCUCGGCGCGGGCCUCAAGCCCAGCACUACCCUCACCGGCGACGAACUCAUGUCCCCCGUGGCGACGUCGCCUAGAGGCCUGUUGCGAUCUUUCUCACGUCGCCAACCACAGCUCGAUCGCGCCACGAGUAUCAAGGUCCUGGGCCAAAACGAAGCCAACCGGCGAGGCGAGGUCAUCGAGGUCAUCAUGGAAGAGGAUCCAGCCUCUGAAGUCGACAUCAGCGGCUUGACGGGACCAAACGCCCUCACUGAUCGUGUCGAUGCCAUGCGUCAAACUACGUUUCCCGCCAAAAGGGGCGAGGCCCAGGUCUUCUACCCACAGCCCAACUGGAAGCCAUUUUCCAUGCGGUGGCCGUACCUCGCCGCGCUCAUCCUCUUGUCUAUCGGACUGGCCGUCAUGGAGGAGCUGCUCUACCGCCAAUCCCAUCGCAAUCCUUUGCUGAGCUUCGUAUCACCCUCUGACCUGCCGGCAGGUCAAUACUUUGCCUUCAAGUUUGCGCCGACCCUGCUCUCUGUCUUGUACGGAGUGCUCUGGCAAUUUGUCGGCAUCGAGGUCAAGCGCCUUGAAGCCUUCUACCAACUGUCGAAGGAAGGCGGCGCCCUGGCCGCCGAAUCCAUCAACGUCGACUACAUAACGAGCCUCAACUGGUGGCGACCCUUUCAAGCCAUCAAGCUGAGGCACUGGGCUGUGGCCGUCAGCUCCGUCGCCACCACCCUGGCUGUUUCUCUCGUGCCCACGUUUGGGGCCGCCUCCAUCAUCCUGUCCCCUGGCCGCACAGAGCGAAUGGCGCAUCCCGAGGAGGAAAAGGAGAUAUUGGUCGAUGGACUGUGGUCGAGGCUUCUCGUCUCCACGCUUUGCGUCUGUGCUUUUUGCGGCUGCGUGCUUCUUUGCAUUUUGCAAACUCGAAGAUCAGGCCUGUUGGCAGAUGUUCAGGGCAUUGCCGGCCUUGCGUCCAUGGCUGUUGUCAGUCACAUUCUCGUCGAUUUUGCCGAUCUCGACGUUGUCAGCCACGACGACAUUCAUGCCAAGCUCAAGCAUCGUCGCUAUGUUCUUCGCAACGCAUCGCUUGCGCCAGAUGACGAGACACCCGUCACCUCCCGAGAUCGCAACAGAUACCAGGACGCCCACCUCUCCAAGAACCCGCACCCCGGCAUGCUGCGGCCUUCGGGUUUCGGCAGCUUCGCCGUUGCCGUUUUGCUCUUUCUCGCCUUCAUCCCCAUCUUCCUGUUCACACCCGCCAGUGCCAUGACAGACAAGGCGCCGUGGCUGGUCACGGCCCUGGCUGUGUGCAUCAAGCUCGCCUGGGGCACGCUCGACACGGACGUCCGCAUGAUGGAGCCGUACUAUAUCCUCUCGCGACGGCACGCCCCGCCCUCCGUCCUCACGCUGGACUACACAUCCGUGCCCUUUGGUCUGCUCCCCGUCCGCGCCGCCCUCAACGGCCACUGGCUCGUCUUCUUCGUGGGUUUCGGCUCCAUCAUGGCCGAGAUACUGACCGUGCUCGUCACGAGUCUCGCCACCGUCCAGGGCAGCGACUUUAUCAGCCUCGUCAUCCCCGGCAAUGCAAACGACGACACGAAGCACAUCCAAGCCGGCCAGGAGACGAAGCUCUCCUUUUGGGUGUCGUUUGGCCUCGCAACGUUCAUCCUCGUCUACAUGCUCGUCGUGUCGGCGUUUGUCUUUGUGCGACGGCGCCACCCGUUCCUGCCGCGGCAGCCCAACACGCUGGCGAGCGUGCUGGCGUUCAUACACCAGAGCAAGAUGAUCUGGGGGUUCGUGGGCACCGCCAAGCUGGACCACAAGGGCAUGGUGCGACACCUCGCGGCGCGGGAGCAGCAGACGUACGGGCUCGGGCGGUUCGUCGGCAGGGAUGGGCAGACGCACUGCGGCGUCGACGAGGAGGAGCUGCUUGGCGGCUACAAGCACGGGUCGGCCUUUCAGGGGCCCAACCAGCCGUGGGACAGGCAGUGGGAUGCAUACGAGUAG